GGCGGCCGCGGCGGCGGGAGCAGGGAAACGGGGAACCGGGAGCAUCGGGGAAGCGGGAGCAGUGGGGAGGCGCAGCACCGGGGAAACGGGAGCAUCGGGGAACCGGGCAACCGGGAAGACUGGGAGCCGCAGCACCGUGGAAACGGGAAGCCAGAGAACCGGGAACAGCGGGGAAACGGGGAGCCGCGGCACCGGGGAAGCGUGAAACCGGGAGCAUCAAGAAAUCGGGAGCAAUGGGGAGGCGCAGCACCGGGUAACCGGGAGCACUGGGAGCUGCAUUACCGGGGAAAAGGGAAACCGGGGAACUGGGGAGCCGUGGGCACCAGGAAACCGUGUCGACUUCAAGAUGAAGACCAUCGAGGUGGAUGGGAUCAAGGUGCGGAUACAGAUCUGGGACACAGCCGGCCAGGAGCGGUACCAGACCAUCACCAAGCAAUACUACCGGCGGGCUCAGGGCAUUUUCCUGGUGUACGACAUCAGCAGCGAGCGCUCCUAUCAGCACAUCGUGAAGUGGGCCAGCGAUGUGGAUGAGUACGCACCCGAAGGCGUCCAGAAAAUCCUCAUCGGGAACAAGGCGGACGAGGAGCACAAGAGGCAAGUGCCCAAAGAGCAAGGGCUGCAGCUGGCCAGGGAAUACGGGAUGGAUUUCUACGAGACCAGUGCCUGCAGCAACCUCAACAUCAAGGAGUCCUUCACACGGCUGACGGAGCUGGUGCUGCAGGCACACCGCAAGGAGCUGGACGAGCUGCGGGGGCUGCCCCGUGCCCCCACCCUGGCCCGGCUGGAGGAGGACGAGCAGCAGCCCCUGGGGAGUGAGGACACCCCCAAAACCUGCUGGUGUUGAAGGCUGGGACCCCCCGACCUCUCCUCCCCAGGCUGUGUGAGGGGGCAUGGUAGGGGCAGGAUUGAGGCAGCCCCUAUAAAGUGGGGGGCAACAUGGGACACCCCCAGGGACAAGAAACAUGGCAGGGGGCCCCCCCAUCCUGGCACCUGUGCGGGUAGGGUGGGGGCUGUCCAGGCACUGUGUGCCCACCCUGUGCCACCCCGUGCCUGUGGGACCCCCGGUUUUACACAGUGGUUUGCAGAAUAAAGGUGAUGCUGGA